AGAUAACGUCCUCGCAACAUGGUGUCGGACACAUUACGGUUACACGUUAGCACUUUCGCAUCACUGCUGACACUUUGUACUACACUACACUACAGUAGGACGUCGCCGAGGUUCGUAACCUUUUCAAGUAAAGUUGAGUGGUACCAUGGUGGGGUUUUCCGGCAGUCAAGCCAAUCGCAUUUUGUACUCCGCUGCUGAUCGUCCCAAAAUUCGCUACACGACGUCUACAGAAUGGAGUCAGCAGAGGUAGUAUGGGCCCCCUAGGCUCUGAAGAUCAUGUCUAUAUCAGCGGCUUCCCCUUGACGGGUUGAGGUGUCUGUCCUCUCCUCGACAUCUACGGUAACUGUGUAACGACAACACACACGGGCAAAUAUGGCCCUCACCGAGCUACUGGGAGCCCUCCCGCUGGUCUCCAGCGGGAUGUCCAAACUCCAAGUGGCCGCCAUCUACCUUGCCAUCAGCUUCGUCUCCUGGUACAUCAUCUCAUCUUUCACUGAUUGGUACCGACUCAAGGCCUUUCCCGGCCCUCCCACCACUGGCUUUUCCAACCUGUGGGCUGCUAGAGCCAUCUGGACCGGCAAAGCCCACAAGAUCUUUCCCGCGACUCAAGAGAAAUAUGGCCCCAUUACUCGCAUUGGGCCCAACGCGCUCAUGGUCUGCGACGCCGCUACCGUUGUCCACAUCAACGGCGUGCGCGGCGGCUACGCUCGUUCACAAGACUUUUACGACUGCAUACGAAUGGACCCCUGGGACCACACGGUCCUCUCCGAAAGCGACUCCGCCAUGCACAACGAGCGCAAGACCAAGGUCUACGCGGGCUACCACGGCAAGGGCGAGAUGGAUAUGGAAAAGGAUGUCGACAUGGUUAUUGCUGAGGCUGUCGAGCUCGUUCGCAAGAAGUACAUGAACUCUGCCGCCACUUCGGGAUCCAAGCCCCCCCUGGAUUAUACCCGGAUUGCUCGAUACAUUGCCGUCGACUCGGUCACGCAGACCGGGUUUGGCAAGGCUUGGGGUGAUGUUCGCGAGGAAAAGGAUCACUUUGGCUGGUUGGGCUUUGCGGAUAUGAUAGUGGGGUAUUUGCAUAGCUUGGCCUACGUUCCUGCCAUCAGCAAGAUCGUGAUCUCGACGCCCUUGAUGGUCCUUCUCGGUCCCAAGCCGACAGAUAAGAGCGGUAUAGGUGCUUUUCUCGGUCUCAUCGAGCGUGAAGUAGCCAGACGCUACAAGGACGGUAGCGCAAAAGGCACGCCCCUCAAAGCCGACACCGGCCGCUCAAGCAUGCUUGACGAAUGGGUCAAAAACGGCAUCUCCCAACGGACAGCCGUCCUCGAAGUCUCGGCCCAACUCCCCGCCGGCUCCGACACCACCGCCUCCGCCCUCCAAGGCACCAUGCUCUACCUCCUCUCCACUCCAUCCGCGUAUAUCCGCCUCAAGUCCGAGAUUUCCACCGCCAUCCGCACCGGCCUCAUCUCUUCGUCGUCGAUCAUCACCGACCAAGAAGCCCGCAAACUGCCCUACCUCCAAGCCGUCCUGUACGAAGCCAUCCGCAUGAUGCCUCCCCUCAUGAACGGGUUCCCGCGCCAGGUGCCUGCAGGGGGGGAUACCAUUUGCGGUAGGUUCGUCCCGGGUGGUACGGAUAUCUUUGUCAAUUACGUGGGGAUGUUGAGAGACAAGAGUGUGUUUGGCGAGGAUGCAAAUGUGUUUAGACCAGAGAGGUACCUGGAGGGAGACGAGGAGCGUAGAAAUCGCAUGUGGAAGACGACGGAUUUGGCGUUUUCGCAUGGGCGGUGGAGGUGUUUGGGACAGAGGCUGGCGUGGGUGCAGUUGCAGAAGGUUGUUGUUGAGUUCAUGAGAAACUUUGAGAUGCAGAUUGUGGAUCCGAUGCAUCCUUGUCGGUUGAGGUGUUACUGCACGCCCGAGAUGGAUGAUUUGAUGGUGAAGGUUACCGAGGCAAAGUGGGAUUAGGUGUGGCUGAGACAUGAAGUGACGGAUGUAAAGGGUUUGACCCCCAAAGUGUACAAAAUUGAUAAUCUCUGCUCAUCAAAAAGUGAUUUGGGUUCAGCAUGGCUUGUUUUCCACGAAGCAAUAACGGGCCACUCC